AGAUCCGUUCUCGUUAAAUCUCGCUGUGUGUUACAGGUUGUUUUUCCCCCGUCAGGAAUAAUGGCGACCUGGAGACAGUUAAACCGGUUACCGUUCAUUCUUAACGCUAACAAAGACUUACUUCAGAUAAAAGCUCAGACCUUGUCAUUUCAUCCAGCGUUAAGAAACCAGGCGUCUGCUUGUGGUGAUAACAGCAGGGGUGUGGAGAUUGGUGUGACACGUGACAGUGAAACUAUAGUGUGUUUCCAUCCUGCUCCAGACAUCCCCUAUGAGCUGACAAAGCCCAUCCCCAGACUGGACCCUACACUUGAUUCUACAGAAACACAUGAUCUAGUUUUAAAGUCUCAGCUCAAUAAGGAGGUUUUAAAUGACAAAAAGAUGCCAGCUAUAGAGGAGCUUGCUAAGAUGUUCUACACCACAAAGCACCGCUGGUACCCGGUCGGACAAUAUCAUACAAGGCGCAGGAACCGAAAUCCUCCCAAAGACAGAUAGCAAUGUUUGAUGUCAGAGUUGUAUAAAUGUUAAUUAAGACUGAUGAUAAAUCUUUAACUUGCAUUUUGUGUGAACAAAUAAAAACAUUCACAAAAAGA